AUGCACAGUCCCCGCAUGUUGAGGCGAAGUUCGGUACUUGAUCCCUCAAAGUUUGUGGCGACCGUAUUCGAUCGGCACAUUCGCAGGUGGUCUUUGGACGGGGGAUUCAAUAGUUCAGCCAGUACAUACAAAUCAAAACAGACACAAUAA